AUGAAAUGGGGGUCGUGGGGGUAUAUCGACAUAUGUCCAGCUGGAACGUACGCCGCAGGGUUUAGUCUCAGGGUGGAAGGACCUUCCUAUGCUUUAUAUGAUGAUACAGCACUCAACAGGAUUCGUCCAAAGGCUUAUCACGCUCACACAAGGGCUACGCCACAGUCCAAUCAGAUGCUGGACACUGGGGUCAGUGGACAAUGGUGUCCUUCUGGAUUCUUGACUGCGUUCCGGUUUAAAGUCGAAUCUUCCCAAGGAAGAGGAGACGACACUGCUCUCAAUGACGCGCACGCAUGUUUUGCUGUGAUUAAGUUUCAUCAGCUGGAAACGGAAGAACUCGAGCUGGGAAGUGGAGAGUCAUGUGACCUCAUUGCUCUCGCCAGUGCUGCAGCGAUGCAUCACUUCCUUUCUGUGCUGUUAGUCAUUAAUGGGCUGCAUGUGAGUGUUCAGACCGCAGGAAGACGUUCUGCGCGAAGCGUCAACAGACAUUACAGAUCAUGGCUGACUGUGUCCAAUGGGAUGAACUGGGGGUCGUGGGGGUUUAAGGACAUGUGUCCGAGUGGAAUGUACGCCGCAGGGUUCAGUCUGAAGGUUGAUGAACCUUCCUAUGGUUUUUGGGAUGAUAACAAAGGACUCACUGGGAUUCGUCUUCACUGUAUCCGCCCAUCGAGAGCCUCAUUGGGCUUAUAUGAGGACUACGCCUCAGUUCAGUCAGAAGUAGGAGGCUGGGGUCAGUGGACCGAAAUCAAAUGGUGUCCUUGUUGUUUCUUGACUGCUUUUCAGCUGAGAGUCGAAUCUUUCCAAGGAAUUGGAGACGACACGGCCGUAAACAACAUCAGAUUCAAAUGCAGUGGAGGGUCUUUGCUACACGGUGAUGGCACAAGCUGGGGCGAGUGGGGCAGAUGGGGCCCAACUUGUCAAGGAAAAGCGAUUUGUGGUAUCAAGACGCGGAUAGAAGAGCCGCAGGGAAGUGGAGACAACACCGCUCUCAAUGACGUGCGCAUGUACUGCUGCGAUUAAGAUGUACAGAAGAACAGCGAGAAGAUCAAAUGGAUCAUAAUAAUUGAUUAUGAGUCUGAUGAACUAACAUGAACCGUGUCAUGUAAUAGUUUAAUGUGCAGUCAGCUCAUGACGGCUUACUAGACAUCCUCCCACUUAUUACACAGCUACUUACUAAUAAAUUAAUAAAUAGAUAU